AUGAGACUCUCUCGAUCACUGCUCCUGGUCAACAUCACCUAUGCUUGCGCAUUUGAGUUACCAUUUUCGGACCAAACACCGCUGAAAGUCGGAGAUCAGAGUCCUGAAUUCACGUGCGAUUUGCCACCUGCUCUCGAUCCUAGAGGAGAUGGCUUGCUGUCAGCAGCGGAUCUAUUCUCGACAGACGAGGCACGGGAAAGACAAGUGAAGCGUCACCAGGCAAUAGUGCGAGUUCCCUCUGUUUCCUACGAUGACCUGGGAGAGAUCGGGAAGGAUGAGCGGUGGAAUCCAUUUUAUGAGAUUCUUCCUGUUCUUCAAAAGUUGUAUCCUUCACUCCACAAGCAGGCAAAGUUGGAGAAGAUCAACACCUUUGGAUUGCUCUACACUCUAGAGGGUUCUGAUCCGUCCCUAAAGCCAACCGUCCUGCUCGCUCAUCAAGAUGUCGUCCCUGUUGCCGACGCAUCCACAUGGACCUAUCCACCUUUUGAGGCACACUUUGACGGCGAGUAUAUCUGGGGUCGGGGUGCAUCAGAUGACAAAAACAGCCUCACUGGAAUCCUUUCUGCCGCUGAAGGUCUUCUCUCCCAGUCAAAUUGGAAACCUAGACGAACUGUGAUCUUCGCCUUCGGUUUCGACGAGGAGGUCGGUCUCAAUCAAGGUGCUGCCCAGAUCGCGAAGGUGGUUGGUGAAAGAUACGGCAAUGAUAGUGUUGCUAUUAUCCUCGACGAAGGCGGUUUUGGCUCGCAGCCCCUUGAUGAUGAGACAGUAUAUGUGCACCCUGCGGUCACCGAGAAAGGGCACAUCAAUCUUUUCUUCGAGCUUCAUGCUAAAGGCGGCCACAGUUCUGUCCCGCUGCCCCACACAGGUAUCGGGAUUGUCUCUGAAUUAGUUGUCGCACUCGAGAACAACCCCUAUGAGCCGGUGAUUACCAAGAACAGCCCCAUCCAUAAGCGUCUUAUCUGCCAGGCGCGCUACUCCCCCAACACCCAGCCCGAAAUCGAGGCAUUACUGAGAAACAAUGACUUUGAUCGACUCGCUGUUGAGUUUGCCAAAACAUCCCCGCUGAAUCGUUUCGUUGUUCAGACAUCGCAAGCUGUUGAUAUAAUCGGAGGCGGAGUGAAGAUCAACGCCAUGCCAGAGGUCGUGACUCUUGCUGUCAACUAUCGUGUUGCCCAUCACCAAAGACCCGUGGAGGUCCAAGACAGAGCUAUCAAAGUGAUUUCGGAAGUUGUUGAGAAAUAUGGUCUCCAACUGAAUGCUUUCGACGGCGAUAGAGAAUAUCACGAUCAUAUAGCAAGUAUUUCUUCAAGCCGUUCGAAUCACCUUGAUGAUUUGAAUCGACACCAGCAGACUGGGGUCGAUUACAAUGGAACUCUGGUGGUGCGCGCCACGAAGGCAGAAGCAGCACCCCUGUCUCCUGCCAGUAGAUCGGUGUGGGAUGUUUUCUCGGGCACGAUCCAACACACUUUUGGAUUGGAGGGCAAAACCGUUGUCCCUGUCGGAGACAUUAUGACCGGCAACACUGAUACCAGACACUAUUUGAAUUUUACUCGCAACGUCUAUAGAUGGACACCGGCUGUUGGUCGCGGACUUGACAACAUUCACACUGUUGAUGAACGCGUAAGUAUUACUGACCACCUGAAUGUUGUCAAGUUCUACUACAAUUUUAUCCGCAAUUUCGAUGCGGCGAACGUAUAA